UCUGCCAAGCUAGUGGCGUUUGCAUCAUUUCACCAGACUGACGAGAGUGCUGGAGUAAGAGAGAGAGAGCUGUACACUCACUAAACCAUACCGGCGUUUGUGGAACAGGAGGACAAUCUGCCCAAAGCAGGACUGACACACCAUGCACGCCAGCAACAGCUGUGGCCAGCUGCCAAGUUGGGUGGUGGUUUUGUCAAAGCAGCUGAGCUUGUCUGAGCUCUGUGGGGGCCUGAAUGACUCGUGGCUGACCCUGACUCGCUUCCGCAGACAGCAUCCUGCUAAGUUCUGUGCAUGCUGUGCGGGGCUGGCGAUUGUGGGCCAUGCUGUUCCUGGAACUCUGAUCUCACUCUCUGUCUUGGUAGGUACACUGAUCUGGCAGUUUGUCAACCACAACGAGGCCAUUCGAAAGGCUUGGACAGUCCUCCUUGCGCAAGCUCCCCAUGGAAGCAGACCAAGCAUCGCUCAGCGGCCCAGUGACACACUCACGGCAGCCGAAGAUGGUGCAGCCAAAGAAACCACCCACUCACAGGAAGGUGCUACAUUUGAAGAUUCAACGUCCACUGAGGAAUCCAGCUCAGAGGUUGAACAAGAGCAGCAGCCGAAUUCAGAAGAUUCAUUUAAAGAAGCCAAUCAAAUAAUCUGCACGGAAAUAAGAAAACCAGAUGCUUUUCUUGGAGAGGAACAACAUAAUAAAGCGGUAACAGAAUUAGUUUUUAAAAAUACUUCUAAAGCCAGUCAAGAAAAAUUACCUCAUGAGCCUUGUAAGCUGAAACCCCACAAAUAUUCUACAGAAAAGGAUACCAAGCAAGAGCCAGUCUGCAGUUUCAAUAGGGACAGCAUUAGUUCUGUGCCAAGUUUUGAAUAUAGCAUUCACAGCAAUGUCUGUCAUGCUGACCAAGAUAACUACACAACGUCAGACUUGGCUACCAUGUCGCUUGUUUCUCCACUCAGCCUUACUGGUGAGCAGUCAGGAAAUGUUUUUCAUCCUGCAGAAGCUCCAUUUACUAACAUGGAUGAGGCUCAUGGCCGGAUGGUAAAUAAUUCCCAACUUUUAGGCUCUUCAGCGAAUAUAAAGAGCAAUGUGAGCAAAUAUGGACCCAUUAUCUCCGAAGGAUGCAUCAUCCACUAUGCUGAGAUUACUGAAUUAACCCCCAACAUUCCUUUGCCAUCUAAUUACGCAGGUUCCACUAUGGAGGGAGUGUCAGAAAUGCAGCAUUACGUGGAUGGGUCAGAGAUAGGGGCUGCAGCCAAGGAAAAUGACAGCUACUGUGUCACAAGCACAGAGGCAUUCAGCAGACAUGGACACUCAUACCUUAGUGUUGAAGAUUCUCUGCUGCUGUCCACUGCACCUGACCUCUCUGAGCUUCUGUCCUCCGCCCUGGAGGAGGCUCCACCAUUAUGUAGUCCUGCUGCAGACCCGGAGCAGCUGCCCAGCUCUGCUGAGGAGUCUACAGAUACCCACAGCAUCUCCCAGCAGAUCACCCCCUCCGAGUCAAAGAUGGACAAAGCGUCAACGCAGACCUGUGAGACAGAUGAGGAGGAUAACGCUGAAGGUUUUGAAGUUCUGCAACAGGAGGAGCUACAGCAAAUGGAGGUGGAAAUGGCCAUAUUUAACCAAAGUCAAUCUAACACGGUCUCUCCAGGAAAUGCAUCCACGGGAUUCUUGUCUCACCUGCUCAGAUAAAACAACACUACACAGUGAAUGUGUUCUUUUUAUUUUCUUUCUUAUUGACUUGUAUUCAUUUGUGUUACAUGAAGAUAUUUCUUUUUUGAGCGUCUUGCUGUGAUUUUUUUCAUUAUAAAAUUAAAUUUUCUGAAAGCACUCCAUCCUAUUCUUUAUUGUCUGCCUCUUCAUUCAUCAAUGUGGUCCCGGGCCACCUCUAAUGACCCCUGGGCUUACAUCCCCCGAUAUGUUUUCCAGCUGUGUCACUCCAACAAAUAUCUUACAUUGUCUUGCGACCUUGUUUUGCUCAUCGGUGGACGAGAACAGGCUAGGGUGCUUCUGGAAAACUAAAUUUGAGUUUAUAAAAGCCUAUAACUGUUCAGUAUUAUUGAAAAUGUGCAAAUACAGCAUAUAAUUAAAAAAAAAUUCAGUUGUAUAAUAAUUCUCUAAAUUUGAUCCAUUAUUAGUCAAAUAAAUAACCUGAUGAAGUAUUUUAACCUGCUUCCAUAGAUAUUGCAUUGUACAAUUCAGCAUAAAAAAGACAAAACCUGGUUGAACCAAGUGGGUAAUGGUCAAGUCAUGUCACUAUCCAUAGGAUGGGCUGCCCACUAGUACCUUAUAUAGGAUAUGUCUUCUUAAAUGUUGAGUUAUACAAUCACUAAUCGCAGUCCUUGCCAUAGCUUGUGCUGUGCAUUAUAGUGAGAGAGAGAAAAAAAACCCUGACUCUGACACUGCAACUUAAGCUGUGUCAUGGGUCUGGGUGUGGGUGUGGUAUUUUCCAGUGCGUCUGACUUUCCAAUCUCGCCAUGGAUGAAAAUGUGAAUCUCAUGGUGUGGAAUCUGCAUACCGUAGCCAGAUUUAAAGUAUACCGGCACACAGUAAUGAGCACCAUCACAUGUUGACCAGCCUACAGUACGUGAGAAUGUGCUGGCUCACGUUCAUCCCCACACGAUUGGGUGCACUUAAAAAAAUGAGCUUUUUUGUCAGCUAUGGCCAAGCUUUCUCUGACUAGUGCCUUAAUUUAAGGAAUAACACUCGAUAUUCAGCAGUGCAAUACUAGCCACUAAAGGGUAUCAUUUGUUCAUACUAAAUGUGUUUGGGUUAGAUCGCGUAAGUAUAAAUGUGUCGUAACCCUCCACCACCCGACACAACCAAUCAGUAAGGGAUUUGUCACGUAAACAAAACGCGCCAAUUAGUUACCACUUCAGCCCACCGGUGUGUUGGAGAGUAAAUCCACAAUAUUCACAAUUUGAGUACGAUGUUUCACUGGUAAUUACAUCCAGCAUCAUCGGGCGAUUUGCCAGAAUAGUGAAGCAAUCCACCUGCUUCCGGUCUUAAAUAGAGCAAGACGACGUCCAUCACUGAACCCAUCAGGUGCAGAAAUCAGAGGCAGAAGAGGGGGGUAUUGUAAUAACAUAAUAUAUUAAACUGGUUUCAUUUGUAAUUUCACUUCAUUGAAAUUAUUUCCUUGUGUUCUUUAAAGUACUUAGAGAACAUUUUAACUCUGUAGAACGGAAAAUACAGUACAUACAUGGUGUUUUAAUGCACAAGAAAUGGGCUUGUGCGUUAUGAUUACACUUUAUUUUAUUUGCUUAGGCACAUCCCUGCACAUAAUAUAGUAGCACUAUUUACAGUACAGUAAUAAGGCAGUGUAUGCGUUUUAUCUUUUGACAUCGUUAUCAAUGUCUCCAUUAGAGGUGCUGCUCAUCCACGAUGGCUUUGAUAAACUGGCAUUACAGAGUAACAUCGUCCCUUCCUGCGAAAACUUGGCAUAAAGCAUAAAAACAUGCAUUAAUAUGAAGUGGGCUGUCAUCAAUGUAGACACAUUUUCCAGGUUUGAAGACUGAAUUGCACGUCUUACACCUGUGAUUAUUGUUCCACAUGUGCACCUGUGUAAUGUGUACAGAAUGGGCAGCUUCUGCUUCAAUGAAGAUACAUUGAUAUUGCUUAUGUCCAAUAUUAAUAGUGGUCUUAUUUGUAUAUUAUUUGUAGAGUAUGUUAAGUAGUAAUGUUACUCGCAAAAACAAUAUACCUAAAUAGGUAUUUACCUAUGUAGAGAUGUAGACAGUAUUGUAUUUUUAAAAUCUUUAAUUGGUAAUUGCCUUGCUCAUAUGUAAAAAUUGUCCACACACUUUAGCAAAUUACUGUAUAUGCAAUACAUUACUUUAUAAUAAAAAAAAACAUUAUUGAUAGUCUGUUUGAAUACUUCUUUCAGUUUUAUAAAAAUUAAAGGUACAAAAGGUCAUAUUAUCAGUCAUUUUAAACAAAUUAUACAGUAAUAGAUUAGCUGGGUUUAUGCAUAAUAAGAAUUGUAAUAUUUCCUUAUUUCUGUGAAUGUUAAUGAGAUUCAACUGUUGACGAUGUUGACGUAACACUUUUUUGAAAGUAUUGACAUUUUAAGUGGUUUCUUAAUGCUAAGUAUUUUAUUGAGUAUCCAAUUUUUUUUAAAUAAAAGAGCAUGUUGUGCAACCGUAUCUUUUCAAUUUCAAUCAACAUGAGGGGACCUGA